UCCAACUUACAUCGUUCGAUUUUUCGGACAUUGGUACAGUAUAACUGUGUUACGUACAAAUCAUUUGCAGUUUAGUUUCUUCUCGUCCUAUACUUGGUCUCAGCAACAUCUAGUCCUUACAUAUUGAAAAUAAUUUGAUGGCUAUGUUGCUGGCGACAUAGAAAUGCGAAGAUGUUGAAAGUUUUAAACCGGAAGACUGUCUUAGGUAAAUGUUCACGUUAAAAAGGAACACUUCGCUUUACUUCAUGAUGUAAGUGUCAAGAAAGUACAACUACGAAGUAAUGGCCGUCCWAAACUAAGUAAUACAAAGCGGAUAUGGCUACAAAUUCAAGCCAAGCUCCCACUSRGGACCAAGAAGAACAAGCAACGACUACUGACAACAAGGGAGAUGUUUCAGAUCGAGUUGGAAGUGCUACCUCCCGUAGCGGCGGGGAAAGUCCAUGGCGACUCGUUCUUCUGUCAUCAAAAAUCCGUCAAUCUUCAACUCUUUCUAUGGCCGUAAAGCGCGGGACUAUUAUAGUCCCCUACAAAUAUGAUAAUUGUACUUUGGAUUCGCUUCUUCUUCAAGCACAGCAAGCAGUAGGAGAAAAAAAGUUUGACAGUAUAGCGAUCAUUACGAAUGGUCAACAAAGUUCGAUUCAACUCGUUGCUAACGCAGAAAAGGUUGAUGCUAAAUCACUCAAGGAGCAAGAAGAUAUCCAGAAUUUUUUUCAAUCUCUAGUUUCUACUUGUCUGAAUACAARUGAGACAGAUGCUCAUUUAGAUUUCCUGGCAUGCUCAUUGGCCACAAGCAGUGAUGCUGUACAGUUUGUUGAAAGCCUGGAAACACUUGUCAAGGUUCCUAUUUUCAUGUCUAAAGAAAUUAUGGGCUCAGAUUUUAGAAGCAAUAAAGCUGAUGGAACAAGUUCAUCACCAGGAGAAUUGUAUUUCAAAAGUGAGAAACUUCGUGGUUGGUCAGGAGCGCAGCCACAAAGUAUCAGUAAUUUUGAGAAAAUCAGAACAGUAGGAAAGGGGGCGUAUGGUGCAGCUGUGCUGUACAGAAAGAAAGAUGACGAUUCUUUGGUAAUWUUAAAGGAGAUUACACUGCAUGACUUGAAUGCUGCAGAACGGCAGAUGGCUAUGAAUGAGGCAAAGGUCCUCUCGAAAUUAAGUCUCCAUCCAAACAUUAUCAGCUACUACGACAGCUUUGAGGUCGAUGGUACACUUAUGAUAGAGAUGGAAUAUGCAGAUGGAGGGACAUUAGCCCAGUAUCUGACAAGAUUGGAUAAAGACAUGGAAGAAAAAGAAACYUUGUUGAUGUUUCAGCAAAUGUUGUCAGCAUUAAAGUAUAUWCACGACAGCAAUAUUUUACAUAGAGACUUGAAAACUGCCAAUAUCUUCCUAACCAAAGACUCUGUCGUUAAACUCGGUGAUUUUGGCAUAAGCAAACAGCUUGAAGGAUCUAAAGCCAACACAGUAUUGGGAACGCCAUAUUAUAUAUCGCCUGAAAUGUGUGAAGGAAAGGAUUACAAUCAGAAAAGUGAUGUUUGGGCUUUGGGAUGUAUUCUCUACGAGAUGGCUACAAGACAGAAAACAUUUGAGGGAUCCAAUCUUCCUGCUCUGGUGAACAAAAUCAUGAAGGGACAAUUUGCACCAAUCAGAGGAAAUUAUACAGCGGACUUUAGGACUUUGGUAAGAGAUAUUUUACAAAAAGAUCCCGAGUCAAGGCCGUCCGUCACYGAGUUACUUUACGACAGAGUACCCAAGUUGUUGACUCAAUAUGAAGACCCGAGAGAGGAUGAAUUCAGUGCCUCAUUGCAGCACAGCAGAAAGAAGACCAGGUCUCUGUUCUUCUACUUGGACAUGGCGACUGUUAGCAUGUAUCCCAUUGAAACACCUGUUAGAACCCAGUUAGGAGAGGUGGCAGUAGGUACUUCUCAUGUUGCUGUGGUAACUUUAGAAGGCGCAGUGUAUACAUGGGGUAAUAACAGCCGUGGCCAGCUUGGUCAGGGCGACCUUAUUAACCGAGACACGCCAACUCUUAUCGAUUCAUUGAAAGGCAAAUCGAUUACCAGAUUGUGCUGUGGUGAUAGCUUUAGCGCGUUCGUUACAGACAAUGGCAUUGUUAUGACAACUGGAUCGAGCGAUGAGGGGUGCCUAGGUCAUGGGGACUGGUCAAACAUCUCACGGCCAAAACUAAUUGAGGGGUUACUGAGCGUUGAUGUCACAGCUGUUUCGUGCGGUCCAUGUCAUGUGGCUGUUGUUUGUAGUGAUGGCCUGGCCUUCRCAUGGGGUCGAGGAGCUGAUGGAAGACUUGGUCUAGGAAACGAUGACGACCAGUGCUUACCAUGUCAAAUAGCCCUGGAUGAUCCGGUGUCAAUACGAGAUGUUCGAUGUGGUAUUGAUGGCACCAUGUUUCUAACCGAUACUGGAGCAUUGCUGGCUUGUGGCAACAAUGCGAAUAACAAGUUGGGAUUGAAUAACAGACAAGGCUUCCUAAUGCAGAUGAAAAACCUGCUGAAUAAAGUGCAAGUCGAGGUGAAGAAUGUCCCAACACCAGUAAAAGCAUUGUCCCGUUAUCGCGUAAUGGACGUUGCCCUGGGACCUACCCAUAGUGCCGUCCUGGUCGAACCUGGUCACGUGUACACGUUUGGUUCAAAUAGUCUGGGGGAGCUUGGGUCGGGUAAUACCAAACCACGUGAUGCUCCAGCUCCUGUCAAACAACUUGAGGAUACAAUUGUCACGAUGGUUUUAUGUGGAGACUGCUUCACUAUGGCGGGUACCAAAGACAAUACAUUGUAUUUUUGGGGAUGUCGUUCGUUGCAAAGAGCGCGUAAAGCAAGCGAGACUGACAAAACUGAUUCCGAGACGACGAAUUUCAAAAAACACAAGAGGAAUGCUAGUGGUAGCAUGAGUAUUGGUAGCGCUGAUAGCUUGGAGUGCUCMUCAGGCACCAAGAGCGACAGCUUGACCAGCAGUCAAAAUUCAUUUGCUAUGCGUCGAGUUGGUGUGUUAGAAUCCACGACCGCAAAGGCGGAACGCGGGCGCAAGGACGGUUUUCAAGAGGGGCUCGCCAUGCCUGCAUUGCACAAGAAACGAAAAGAUGCUGUACAAGAGGAAGGCAGCGCGCCGCUCGACCGAAUGGAUAGCUGUGGAAGUGAGSUGGACCAGCAAGACGGAGAUGGUCUUUCAGAUAAGGACAAUACUGAUAACACGACCAAAGAGAUUUCCAAGAACUAUAUACGUAUGUCAUCUCGAAAGGGUCGUCUUAAUGGCCAAGUUGGCAUGGGCUCUCUCAAGAUGUACGACAAUGAGCCUGUGUGUUGUCCCAUAUCGAUGUUCCACUGGGAUGCUAUCAGCGGUAUUGAUGAUAAUGAUAACGAAUACCCGGUCUAUUUGCAGGAUAUUAGUGGUUUUGGAGAAAAUAUAUUUGUCCAGAUUGAAACUACUGCCCCACCGCCGCGACGAAAGUCGAAAAAGCGUUCUAUCAAAAAAUGCAAYGAAAAGAAGUCCAAAGGGACAACAGCGAACUUCACAAAAAGGUCUCUAGCAGGUUCGGGAUCAGCAUUGGAUUCGUCUAUUGGUUCGAGUUCUUCUGAUGUUGAAUACCUUGGGGAGGCGCCGACAUGGUUACGCAACGAGCUCAAAGAAGGAAUAGUGAGUUCAGAGACGGUUGAUGAAGACGCCGAUAGCGAAGAAGAGUCGGACACUGACGGCGGUUCCGAUAGUUAUGUCGACGACACAGAUACCAACGAAGAUUUGAAAGUAAAGUCCUCAACCACAAACGAUUCGACCAAUCAAGAUAGCGAUGCAAACUCCGUCAAAGUCGUCAGUAAAACAGACAAAAUGCGCAAGUCAGUCUCGGAAACAAUGAUUGUUGGUGGYGUUGCCAUAGCAAUGCCUAAUAAAACUGAAGARCCAAUCAAUGUCCACUCAAGUGCAACGUCGCUGAGGCAGACAAAAARCACCGAUGAUAUGGAAGAUGAAACUAAAUCUCCAUCAACAAUGGGUGCUGAGGGUUUGAGUAUWUCGCGAGUUUUCCCUCGUCCCGCUAGUAGCCCAACGACKAARUUAUCUACAGAAAAGCGGUCUACRUCAGAAAGUCAGCUCGUGACGUCGGAUAGUGGUCUCGAAUUGAAUAUAUCUGAGAAGCUCAACAGCUCCAGUGAAGGUUCAUCGGAUCCCAGUAGGAACAGGCCAGUAUCACUAGAUGUUCGAAAGAAAAGUGCUGGUCCGCCGUCACCUUCGCCCAUUCGUCAAAGCAAGUCCGUGUCACUGAUAUCGAACAGAACAGAGAGAACAUACGAUACGAGAAGACCUGUAGGACGSUCCAGGUUCAACGCUGCUGUUGGUCGAGUAAGGCCUGGACCUUCACGACAAGUUGAUGAUAAAGGAAAAUUUAGUGCUGACCUAAGAACUUUGCAGACUCGUCAUGAACAAGUCGUAGCAGAACUACAGAAAGAUGCCAUUGAAGCCCAGGCUGCAUUGAAACAAGAACUAGAAAAACUAAAGCAGGAGAAGGAAGAGAGUGAACUUCAGCUUAAACUCUUUAAAGAUGAAGAAUCAAAGAGGCUGCAAGUAUGGAAAGCUGAGCAAGAGCAAAAUUCAAAGGAAAAAGAGGCUCAACUCAACGAAGAAGUUCAUAAUCUUAAAGCAGAAUUAUUGAAGGUUGAUAACUUAUUGUACUUUUGUUAUUAUUAUUAUUAGUAG